AGAAAAUUUCGCUAAUAUUCAACUGUAACAACAGUUGUGCUACUUUUUAUUACCUCCAUCGUUCUUACUGGUAGAGUCUCUUUCGACAUUUCCUUAAAAUAGCUUUGUUAAUUUAAGUAGUCAUGGUUGUUUACCUUAGAAGAUUUGCCGUUUUCUACUCCAAGAAUAAACGUAAGCAAGACUAUGGUAGUAUUUGUAAAUUUUCGGCUAAAUCUGGGGUAGAAAGUCAUCUAGAUUUUAAAAAAUGGCACAACGGAGGUGGGACCUUCCACCACUCAGCUUCCAUCGAUUCAACGGCGCUGAUUGAAAUUGGAGCAAUGGUUCAUCCAGAUGCUGUGCUGGGUGCCAACGUUCGUAUUGGAUCAGGAGCUGUUGUUGGACCUGCAGUUACUAUCGGUCAAUCCACGAAUAUAGGAUAUAAUGUUGCUCUCAGUAAUUGCAUUAUAGGUGAUUCAUGUUUAAUUCACAAUGGGGUGUGCAUUGGUCAAGAUGGGUUUGGAUUUUUUGUUGACGAGAAUGGCAACAUGUUGAAGAAGCCUCAAAUGCUGAAUGCUAGGAUAGGAAACCAUGUGGAGAUCGGUGCAAAUACGUGCAUUGACAGGGGCAGUUGGAGAGAUACAGUGAUAGGGGAUUAUUCAAAGAUAGAUAAUUUAGUUCAGAUUGGUCAUAAUGUAAUUAUUGGGAAGAGUUGCAUGCUUUGUGGACAAACUGGGAUUGCAGGUUCAGUAACGAUUGGAGACUUUGUAACUUUGGGGGGAAGAGUAGCUGUUCGUGAUCACGUCUCUAUUGCAACAAAGGUUCGGCUUGCUGCUAAUAGCUGUGUCACCAAGGACAUCACACAGCCUGGUGAUUAUGGUGGCUUCCCUGCUGUUCCUAUUCAUGAAUGGAGAAGACAAAUUGCUUAUCAGUAUCGAAUUUCAAAGAAGGGGAUUGCGUAGGGUUUUUAGAAAUGAUUUGUAUCUUCGAAUUAUGUUGCUACAAAACCACCCUUGUAAUAUAUGGAAUCGUGCCACGAUGGGCAAAAAGACCGUGCAAGAUUACUUGCCGAUUAGUAGCCUAUUUAACAUAUUUUGACAUACUUGGCUCGUAAUAUUUAAUACAGUGGGUCUGAUCUUUCUAUAAUUAAUAUAAUUUAACUCGUACUACUUGAGGGUAGUGCUUCUCUGCCCUAUAAUGUGAUUAC